GCGCCGCGCACGGAACGCGGGGCCGGGCACGGAACGCGAGGCCGGGCGGCUCCCCGGGCGUGAGGCGGCGGUGGCGGAGCCGGGCCCUGCCCUGCGCUGCCCGCUCGGCUCCGCUCCCCGCCCCGCCGAGGACGUGGCCGCAGCGCCCGGAGGGAGCCGCGUCCUGCUCCUCGCCCCCUCCUCGGGCUGGGCUGGGCUGGGAUGCGCUGCGGUGCCGGGCGGGAGCGCGGCCCGGGCCUCCCCGGCAGCUCGGAGCGCUCUCGGAGCAUUCGGGUGCUCGGGGCGGCCCCUUGUCCUCCCUCCCGGAGAGCACCCGGCCGGGCAUCCGCGGUGACACACGGUCUGCUUGUGCCGGCUGCCGAGGGCACUCGGGAGAAGAAGAAUGACUUAAUCACCAUCCAGCCCUUGAGGCCAAGGCAGGAGCAGGGCUAGGGCUGCCAGGAACAGAACAUGGCUGUGCCUGGAGGCUUACGGAGGCAGCCUGCCAACAGAGGCCUCGUGUCCCACUGCACCCACCAUCACGUUGUUGUGUUCCUGCUGACCUUCUUCAGUUAUUCCCUGCUCCAUGCCUCCAGAAAAACAUUCAGUAAUGUCAAAGUCAGCAUUUCCAGCCAGUGGACUCCCUUCCCCCAAAACAGCACGGCCCCCGAGCUUCAGCCAUAUGAGCUCUGGAACAGCAGCCAUUUAUUUCAAAAUGCAGAAGAAGCAACUCUAUUCCUGGGAACAUUGGACACCAUCUUUUUGUUUUCCUAUGCUGUGGGUCUCUUUGUCAGUGGCAUAGUUGGGGACCGCCUGAAUUUACGCUGGGUUUUGUCUUUUGGCAUGUGCUCCUCUGCUCUGGUGGUGUUCUCCUUUGGCACACUCACAGAAUGGUUGCAUUUCUACAACAAGUGGUUCUACUGCUGUCUCUGGGUUGUGAAUGGUUUGCUGCAGUCCACUGGCUGGCCCUGUGUGGUUGCUGUCAUGGGAAAUUGGUUUGGAAAAGCUGGGAGAGGUUUUGUCUUUGGACUCUGGAGUGCCUGUGCAUCUGUGGGAAAUAUCCUUGGAGCAUUCCUUGCUUCCUGUGUUCUCAAGUAUGGCUAUGAGUAUGCUUUCCUGGUGACGGCCUCCGUGCAGUUUGCUGGAGGAGUCAUUGUGUUCUUCGGGCUCCUGACGUCGCCGAAGGAAGUGGGCCUCCCUGAGCUUGGAGCAGAGGAAGAUGAAGCCAGUGUGGAAGAAGAUGCCAACAGACCCCUAAUGGGCAGUGAUGAUGUAGAUGAUGAUGACCAGAAUUACUCCAUUCAAGCAACUGACAAUGACAACCAGCCCAAGGCCAUUGGCUUUUUCCAGGCUUGUUGCCUUCCUGGUGUAGUACUGUACUCCUUGGCCUAUGCCUGCUUGAAGCUGGUGAAUUACUCAUUCUUCUUCUGGCUGCCCUUCUACCUCAGCAGCAACUUUGGAUGGAAAGAAGCAGAAGCUGACCAACUCUCAAUCUGGUAUGAUGUGGGAGGAAUCAUAGGUGGGACUAUCCAGGGCUUGAUUUCGGACGUGCUGCAGAAGAGAGCCCCCGUGCUGGCCGUGAGCCUGCUCUUUGCUGUGGGCUCUCUCUUUGGAUACAGCCGUUCCCCAAACAGCAAACCUAUCAAUGCUGUGAUCAUGGCAAUUACAGGAUUUUUCAUCGGAGGCCCUUCUAACAUGAUCAGUUCUGCAAUUUCUGCUGACCUGGGGCGUCAGGAUCUGGUGAAAGGCAGCAGCGAGGCUCUGGCGACAGUCACAGGAAUUGUGGAUGGAACAGGCAGUAUUGGUGCUGCCGUGGGCCAGUAUCUAGUGUCUUUGAUCCAGGAGAACCUGGGAUGGAUGUGGGUUUUCUAUUUCUUCAUUCUAAUGACGAGUUCCACAAUCCUGUUCAUUUCACCCUUGAUAGUGAGGGAGAUCAGGCUGCUGCUGCACGAGCAGCGCCUGCGAAUGCUGGCAGAGUGACUUCUGCUCCCUCUGCCUGGACUGCUGUGUGCAACUGACAGCUGGGACACUCAUCAAAACUCUGGGAGACUUGUUUGUUACAUCCUCCAGGUUUGGACUGGUUCAAAAGGACUCCACAAGACUUGAUUGACUUGCCUGUGGUGAGCUCAGUAGUGAAGCACCAAGUACCUGUCCUGAGACCACCUGUGUCACGGAGCUGCUGACCUAAGCCAGACAAUCCAAGGGACUGAUGGAUUGUCCCAGCCUCCCAGACCCUUCCAGCAGUCACACCAGGGUCUUCUGUUGGGUGUCUCAUUCCUAUACCUUUUCUUAUUUAUUUCUGGAUUGCUGACCAAAGUCAGCUCUUCGAAACUGACGGUUUUUGGGAGGCUGUCUUGCAAUGAAUCUUGAUGCUCUUUUGUGCUGGUGAAAUCAUACAGUGCAGUUCAUGGAUAGUCCUAAAUUUCAGAUCACCUUAGCUUUUAGAAAGGGCAAAAAUAAUUAUUUGGGAUUUAUGCUGUCCAGUUGUUUAAAAACUGCUGUUGCUAAAUCUCUACACAGAUGGACCUCUGCUAUCUCCCUUCUAUUAACUGUUACAUAUUCCAGUACAGUCACAUGAAGAAGUUACCUCUGCAUUUGUUUUUAACAUUUUAAUAACGUUACUAAUCUCUGAGAAAUGAGAUUUCAUUUUUUUAAACUGUUGAAGCAGACAAAUAGUGUGCAAUACUUUAUGUAAUCUCUGAAAUAAGCCUUAAUAGGUCCUUUGUGUCUAAAGGAUCCUUGAAUGGCUUCAGGGAUCAGUAAUGGGACACAAACACUUUCACUACUUUGUUUAUUGAACCUGACCAAUACUGACUAAAAUGGGUGUGAGGUGACCUUCUGAAGGAAACUGGUGUCACUGACUUCAUACUCCUUGGGCAAUUGCUCAUCUCUAGCAAAGCAGGAUCAGAAUGGAAUUAAAGGAAUUUAAGGGACCCGGCUGCUCUCGGAGAGGGGCUGAAGUGUACUUGUGGAGUAGCAUUAAUGAGCAACUGCUGCUGUUUCCCCUCAUGCUCCUGUGGCUAUGGCUGCAUAGGGGACCUCAAGCUCCAGGGUUUGGAAGCUUGAGUUAUACCUUGAAGGGAAAGGUAGAUGCAAGUCCGCCUGCAAGCGCUAAAAACAAGUGGCUGUGCUUGCUGUGGUGGUGUUUGAGUGCUUUCCAGUACUCUGGUAAGUGGGGUGACCAACUGACAGCUCUAACAUUUAUUGGUGAUCUUAAUGGGAUCACUGAGUAACUUCUCAAAAAAAUGCUUUCUGUUUAUGCCUGGAAAUGUUUCAUUGUAAUUGGUCUGUGUUAACCUGCAGAACAUGUGAGCAAACACUCUGUCUAACUAGCUAGUGCCUGGAUGGAGGUAGGGAGCAGCAAACGUUGGAGCUGAGAUUUGAAACUUUUUAAAUGGGAACAGUUGCCUUUUCAAAAUGUGCAUUGAUUUUAUUUUUUAUUUUUUAAUUGAUGAAUGUCAAUUUUUAGUCAUGUGUUGAUUGUAAUGAGUGGAACAUCAUUAGUGCCUUACGGUUUUACAGUUUUGAAUGGUUACUUGGUGGUUGCUGCUUCUGUAGUUAUGUCCAUGCACAGCUUUGCUUAAUGUGGAACUCAGUUGCCCCAUUUUAUAUUUUUUUGAGUCUUUUUCUCUGGGUGGAGGUGAUUGUUGCAUCUUUUUGUUGACCCUCAAAGUAUCUCAGUGCUUGGGAAAAUGAUGCCAUUAAGCUGAUAUGGGGCCUGAGUCCUGUUCUUGACUCUUCUCAUUCCCAUUCCAAUUUUUGCCUGUAUAAUUAGAGCAGGAGUCUGAGAAUCUAUCAUCCUGUUCUCAGAAUUAUGCCCUGGGGUUAGUGUUCACAUCCCAAGCUACUCAUUAGCCCCUGUACAAAUAGAAUGAAAACUUCCUGAAACUUAGUUCUAAAAUAGAUCGUGGCACCGUUUGCCUGAGCCACAGCGUCUGAGAAUCUCUGGUUUCAAAUUCCAACCUGGAUGAACUUUUUGGCUGCCUCUCUGGGCAGCAGAUAAACUUCUGAUGAAAGGUGGGGUGGGAAAGGGAUGUGGCUGGGGUCGAGGGGGAGGAGAAGGCCGGCUCCUGUAACAAAUGGUUUCCUGUAAACAGCUCUGUCCCCUCUUGAGAAGUGUCAGCAGUGAUGGAGCGCCAAGCCCGGGCUGCCCAGCCGCUGCAUCCGAGCGCGUGGUGCUUUGGGACCACCCGCAAUUAGUGAGGUGUGCCCAGGGCCUGGGGAUUGCUGCUGUGCUUGUCCUGGGUUUGCAGUUCUCUGUAUUUCUCCAGGGUGCUCUGAAGGAGAAAUGUUUUCAAUCUGGUCGUGUCUGAACUGACCUCACAUGAAUAAACAUUCUUUGACUUGAUCUGGGCUUGUCCUUCGUGUGCUUUAUUCCACUCUCUCUGGUGUGGUUCUGCUGAGCAUCC